AUGACACUCUACCACGCCUACGCUCCUAACCCGACAAACCGUAAGAACAACAUCAGCGAGAUGCAGACCGAGCUAUCGACAAAUUUGAAGCUCAAAACGUCAACGAAUUUACUGUCAACGCUUUGGCACGAUCGCACCAAUGCAGACUUCGAGAUAGUUUGCGGAGCGUACAGACUCAAGGUGCAUAAACUAUUGCUCCGAAACUACUCUGACGCGCUCGCUCGAGUUGCCGACAACGAAUCGUUCAAGGAAGGCAAAUCCGGACAGCUCAUACUACAUCCCAACCCGUAUCAAAAGAAAAAUCACGACCCGAACGAAGGCGAUGACCCCGAAAUGGUUCGAGAAAUGAUACACUUUUUCUAUCACCUCGAAUUCUCCGACAUCAACAAGAUCAAGACAACUCCAAAGGCCUGCGAUCUCUUCUUCCUGGCGCGAAUGUGGACGAUUGCCGACAAAUACUUCGUUGAAGAAUUGAAGAAGUAUAUAAUGACGCUGUUCGAGGGUAUCGCCAACGCGUUUCGUGAGAGUUUGACGACACACGACUGUAUGAAUGACAACUUUGAGGCAACACUGAGAUACGUCUACGCCAAUCCUGAUGACGAGCUUUUCGAGAUUCAAGGCCUGCAGCUCGUACUGGCAAAAGUGCUUGCCGAUAUGAAUGCGCGAAAGUGCUUCGCUACAGAUGCUCUAUAUGUCGAUGUUGAUGGACAACUCAAACAUACCAAUGGAAAGUUCAGGAAUUGGAUCAGGGAUAUACCGGAGUUGGCAGCGCACAUCUGUCUCAUCCAAGGUGGAGGUGUUUGA